AUGGCGUUAAUAACGUCUGCUGAAGCACUGAGAAAAAACGGACGGAGGGAAUUUGAUUAUAACACGCUCAAGGACAGACUAGAGGCCAAGGAACUUGGGAUCCAGUUCAUCAUUGUGUCUGAGUGCUGCUUAGUGCAGGACCUGAAGGGCUUGUGGGGAGUAACCUCUCUCCUUGUUCUCCUCCUUCUGUCUUUUCUAGGCAGGACAGGGCUGCUUGCUGAUCUCUUGCCCAGUUUUGCUGUGGAGAUUAUGCCAGAGUGGGUCUUUGUGGGCCUGGUGAUCCUGGGGGCGUUCCUGUUCUUCCUCCUGGUGGGGAUCUGCUGGUGCCAGUGCUGCCCACACAGCUGCUGCUGUUACGUCCGCUGCCCCUGCUGCCCUGAGUCCUGCUGCUGUCCCCGGGCGCUCUAUGUAGCAGGCAAAGCAGCAAAAGCUGGGUACCCUCCUGCAGUCUCCUCCAUGCCAGGUCCAUACUACAUCCCCAGUGUUCCUGUAGCUGGUGUCCCGUCUCCUGCUGUGCUGAUGGAUAAGUCGCACCCCCCUCCCUUGGCCCCAAAUGACUCCAGCGGAGGAAGUCAAAACGUGCGCAAAGGGUACAGGAUCCAGACUGACAAGGAGAGGGACUCCAUGAAGGUGCUGUACUAUGUCGAGAAAGAACUGGCUCAGUUUGACCCAGCUAGGAGGAUGCGAGAACGAUAUAACAACACCAUCUCUGAACUCAGCUCUUUGCAUGAAGAGGACUUGAACUUCCGGCAGCCCUACCGCCAGGUGCGAAGGAAACCUCUCCCUCCUGCGGGGGACCUGGAUGGCGAUGAUGAAUACUGGGCAGGAGUGAUCGGCGGGGGCAGCACGUCAAGAUCACAGGCUGUCUCUGAUUACAGAGAUGAGCGGGACAGUUUCCGGCACAGCCAGCAGAGAUCCAAGUCCGAGAUGUUGUCCCGUAAGAGUUUCUCUGUGGGAGUGCCGGCUGUCUCUAUGGACGAGCUGGCAGCCUUUGCAGAGUCCUACAGCCAGCGGACCCGGCGGGCAGACAGCCAGGAAACUCGGCGUUUCGAGCGGUCAGAGUCGCACGGCGGCCGCGGUGGAGGGCUGCCCCACCAGGAUAGCUCCAUGGAGGAGUACUACACCAAGCGUAGCAGAGGGAACCGAGAGCCGCUGACGGACUCGGAUCGGGGCUGGUCAUACAGCCCACCCCGGAGACGAGCCCAUGAGGAGAAGCACCUGCCCAGGCUGGUGAGCCGGACACCUGGAGGGAGCCAGAAAUACGAUCAUUCCUACCUCAGCAGCGUCUUGGAGAGGAAAUCCCGGAGCUAUGAUGAGAGCGGUGACCGCAGUGAAACCCCCUCAAAGCUGAGCUCGCAGCCCAGCCAGAGAGGAGGGGGAACGUAUUAUGCCUGGUCACCACCCUCUACCUACAAAGCCGAGAAGUCGCAGCAGCAGCCGCAGCAGCCGCCACCACCGCCUCAGCAGGAGGAAGGGGAGGACACCCUGCCCCCGUAUAGCGAGAGGGAGCUGAGCCGGGGCCCUUCAUACAGGGCCAGGGAGCAGGCCUACCUCAACACCUCUGACAAGAAGAGGAAAAAGGACCCCAAGAAAACAAAUGAUUUCCCAACAAGGAUGUCUCUCGUGGUUUGA